AUCCAGCAGAUGAUCCAGAAGAGACGAGUGAAGAUUCAGGAGAUCAAACACUCGGUGGAGCUCAGUGAGGAAGAUGCAGACAGAGAGAUAGCAGAUGGUGUUCAGGUCUUCACCGCUCUGAAGGAGUCUGUUGAGAGAAGCCAGGCCGAGCUCAUCGACACGAUCAAAGAGAAGCAGAGCAAGACAGAGAAACAGGCUGAAGGCUUCAUCAAAGAGCUGGAACAGGAAAUCAAAGAGCUGAAGAGGAGAAGCACUGAGGUGGAGCAGCUCUCACACACUGAAGACCACCUACACCUCCUCCAGAGCUUCACGACCCUGAACACUGCUCCACCCACCAAGGACUGGACAGGAGUCAGAGUCAGUCCACCUUCACAUGAGGGGACUGUGAGGAGAGCUGUGAACCAGCUGGAGGAGAUGCUCAGUAAACAGAUGAAGAAGCUGUUUGAGGUCAAGCUGAAGAGGGUCCAGCAGUCUGCAGUGGAUGUGACACUUGAUCCUGAUACAGCAUAUCCUACUCUCAUCCUGUCUGAUGAUGGAAAACAAGUUAAACUUGGUGACAUAAAGAAGAAUCUCCCAAACAAUCCAGAGAGAUUUGAUACUCAUGCUCGUGUCUUAGCAAAGCAGAGUUUCUCUUCAGGAAGAUUUUACUUUGAGGUUCAGGUUAAAGGGAAGACUAAGUGGUCUUUAGGAGUGGUCAGGGAGUCCAUCAACAGGAAGGGAAUCAUCACACCGACUCCUCAGGAUGGUUACUGGAUGAUAAGGUUGAUUAAUGAGAAUCAGUACUCUGCUCUUGCUGGCCCUUCAGUCCGUCUCUCUCUGAAGUCUCAGCCUCAGAAGGUGGGGGUGUUUGUGGAUUAUGAGGAGGGUCUGGUCUCCUUCUAUGACGUUGAUGCUGCAGCUCUUAUCUACUCCUUUACUGGCUGCAGCUUCACUGAGAAACUCUACCCACUCUUUAGUCCAUGUCUUAAUGAUGGUGGUGAAAACUCUGCUCCUCUGAUCAUCUCUCCUGUCAAUCACACUGAGUAGAACAAACAUUUGAUCUUCUACAGAGAGACUCUUUCAUUUAAUGUAACAAA